GCCGAGCUGAAGCCCGGACAGGGCACCCUGACACUGCUCACCAACGAGAAGGGCGGCAUCACGGACGACCUCAUAGUCAUCAACACGUGGGAAGAUCACCUGUAUGUGGUGUCCAACGCCGGCUGUGCUGACAAGGACUCGGCCAUCUUCAGGGACAGAGCAGAGGAGCUACAGGCCACUGGCAGUGACGUCCACCUGGAGGUGUCAGACAACGCGCUGCUGGCUCUGCAAGGUCCCUCCAUGGUGCGGGUGCUGCAAGCGGGGCUGUUGGAUGACCUGGCCAAGCUCUCCUUCAUGAAUAGCAUCUCCACAACUGUCUUUGGCGUGCCGGGCUGCCGGGUCACGCGCUGCGGCUACACCGGCGAGGAUGGUGUGGAGAUCUCGGUGCCUUCAGGGCGGGCGGUGGAGCUGGCCGAGCGGCUGCUGGAUGUCCCCAACGUGUGGCUGGCAGGGCUGGCAGCCAGAGACAGCCUGCGCCUGGAGGCCGGGCUCUGCCUCUACGGCAAUGACAUCGAUGAGACCAUCACCCCUGCUGAGGCUGGGCUGAUGUGGACCUUGGGGAAGCGCCGGCGCGCGGCCAUGGACUUCCCCGGUGCUGCAGUCAUCAUGGCACAAGUGAAGGAGAAGCCAAGGCGCAAGCGUGUGGGGCUGACAUCAGUGGGACCCCCCAUCCGGCCCCACAUGGCCAUCCUGGGCCCCGAGGGCAGGCCUGUGGGGUCUCAUAGCAGGUACGAGGGGAAAUGCCGGCAGUAG